UUUGGGUGUUCCUGUUAUUCUGAGAAACUCAGAAGAAAUAGAAUCCAGCAAAAGAGUAUUGAAAAAGCAGAUGAGACAAGUGAAGAAUCCUUUUGGGUUAGAAAUCCCUCGUCCUGCUGCGGCUUCAGUAACAAAGGGUAUAACACUGACACCUGAUUGUCUGGAAGACUGUAUUCUUACAUGCUACUGGGGCUGCAGUGUUCAAAAACUUCACGAAGCAUUGCAGAAACAUGUCUACUGCUUCAGAAUAAAGACCCCUCAGGCAUUAGAGGAUGCUCUGUACAGCGAAUACCUCUAUCGACAACAGUACUUCAUUAAAAAAAAUGACAAGGAAGAAAAAUAUUGUCAGUUACCAGAAGAUGCUCAAGUUGUCGAUUUUGGCCCCGUGCCUAGAUCUCGCUAUCCGUUGAUAGCAUUGUUGACGUUAGCUGAUGAAGAAGACAGAGAAAUAUAUGAUAUUAUUUCAAUGGUGGCUGUAAUUCACAUUCCUGAUGAGAGCUACAGGCUUUCCUGCAGAAUAUUAUAUCAGUAUCUACUUCUAGCUCAAGGUCAAUACCAUGAUCUGAAGCAACUCUUCAUGUCUGCAAAUAGUACUGCACCGUCUCCAAGCAAUACAUCCCCUGGUGAGACAAGCACUGACAGAAGCUUGCUAGAAAAGGCCGGACUGGCUGAAGAUGAACCAGAAUUGCAUGAAGAAAACAGUAAAGACUGUGUUGUUUGCCAAAAUGGCACAGUGAACUGGGUACUCCUACCCUGCAGGCACGCGUGCUUGUGUGAUGGCUGCAUUAAGUAUUUUCAGCAGUGUCCAAUGUGUAGGCAGUUUGUUCAAGAAUCUUUUCCACUUUGCAGUAAAAAGGAGCAAGAUGAAGAUGAAUCGGCCCAUAUCUUGCAAGAUGUUCUUCCUGGAAGAGUUUUUUAAUGAGGAAAAAAAAUAGAACUGCGUUGUACGCACCAAGAUUGAAUGUAGAAAACAGACUGUUUAUGGGAGGAUAUGUAGCAUUAACUUGUACGGGUUUGCUUUUUAUUGUGAGGUAAUUUUCAGCUUCCUUAUUUUUCUUCACUCUAUAUGCUCACAGGAACACUAUGCUUAUCCAUGCACUGCGGACAGAAGAAGUGUGUAGGAUAUCUUUGAAGGAUGUGAUUUUAUUUAUAACUUCAUACUAGUUUUUCAUGGAGUACUAUUGGAUGCUAUUUUGCUUACUAAAUUUAGUAUAUCUACUAAAAAAAGAAUAAAACUUGCAAGUGCAGUUGCACGCAGCUCAUUCUGUAUUUAUUGUAUUUAAAAUACUAGGGCAAUAUAUCAUUUUAACUUGGUAUGAUUUAGAAACAUAGCACUUUACAGAAUGUAUCAAAUGAAGGAACGUAAAUAUUCUU